AUGGCUCCCAAGGGCAAAUCUAAGGCGCGAGCCUUCAGAACCGUAUCCUCAACUCCCAAGCCAUCUGCCGCGGCGUCGCUGGAACCUCUUCCGCCGUUCAAGCGUGCGCCGGCGACCCUCGAGCCUUUCCUCUCCCAUCUCGACAUAUCCCACGUCUAUAUCACACACAUCGACACGAAACCUUCAGACUUCAAGAAGAAAAUAUUCCUCGUCCCGGUCCUCAUGAAUAUAGCCUUCAUCGGGCUUUUAAUAUGGAGAAUUAAGACUAUUGGGCCCUUCUACAUGAAGAUAUGUUUCUCCCUUAUGGGCAAGUUCAAUGAGACGACAAUUGAUACGGCGAAUAUACCUUUCAAUGAGUCGGUAUGGGAGCUGACCAAGCGUUUCUCGACGUUCAUGGUGGAUCUGCUCUUAUACGUGUUUGUGUGGCCAUGGCCCAGGGACUUUUUCGCGGGCAAGGCAAAUGGGAAUCCGGUUGCGUGGAGAUUUGCUGUGAGGUUUCGCACGCAGGAGAUUAUUGUCAGACGGAGUAGGAACUGGGUCCGUGCAAUUGGGAAUGCUACCCACGAGGGACCUGGUCAGGAAAAGCUCUUCGAUAUCUUGAGGAGUGCCGUCGACCCCAUCUGGAUGGCAGAGAAGACGGGAUACUUGAUGCUAAACAGCGAGUGGGAUCUGGAUUGGAGGAGCAUGAUUAUUGCCACGAAGCUGGUGGACAAGAAGACCCUUUCCGUGCAGGAUUUCAAGACUACGAUAUUGGUGCACAAUGAGGAUUUCGGCUGGAUGGUCAUUGAAAGUGCAGUUGCUGGGGGGAGUGUUGCUGAGGAAGAGGGCAGGAGGAAGAUUGUGGCCUUCAAGGACGAAUUGACGGCAAUGGGAAAGGAAAACCUGUUUUUCAGGUGGAUCGAGUUGGUGCAGUUCGAGUCUUCGAGACCCGGAGGCUUCACGCCCGAAAGGCAGCUGGAAACAAUGGCCAAGGCCAAGGAUUUGUUUGAAGCUCAAGGAAUAGACUUUGAUAAAUUCUGGUCGAAGGUUGGCGGAAUGGAGGGAAUGCCAGGAAUGGAUCAGAUGUAG